ACCUUUGUACGGUGAUGUUGGUAUCUCAAACUCCAACUACAACCAACCAACCAUAGAACAUGACUUCUCUCUCCGUCUUUCCCUCACUCCCAUCGCUUCAAAACCCUAACUUCACUCAUCCCCGCCUCUCCAAUUUCAUCUAUUUCCCUUUCAAUUCCACGCAAUCUUUUGCACCACUCUCUCGCCGUAAUUUCUUAUGCAGAGCUUUCAGAGAUCCCGGCGAGGACAUCAAAGCGGUCGUCAAGACCGACGACGGCGGCGGCGGAGAUGGGGGUGGAGACGGUGGGGGGGACCGGGACUCGGAGAAAAAAGAAGGGCCUUUGCCGGAGUGGUUGAAUUUCACUACUGAUGACGCCAAAACGGUACUUGCUGCUAUCGCAAUUUCGCUUGCGUUUCGCACGUUCGUGGCGGAGCCUAGGUACAUUCCCUCGCUGUCAAUGUACCCUACAUUUGAUGUUGGCGAUAGAAUUGUUGCUGAAAAGGUUUCUUACUAUUUUAGAAAACCAUGUGCAAGUGACAUAGUGAUAUUCAAAAGCCCUCCUGUGCUCCAAGAAGUUGGAUAUAGUGAUGACGAUGUUUUUAUAAAGCGUGUGGUUGCAAAGGAAGGUGAUAUUGUGGAGGUCCGUAAAGGGCAUCUUGUAGUUAAUGGGGUUGAGAGGAAUGAAGACUACAUUCUUGAACCACCUGCAUAUGAGAUGAAACCCACACGUGUACCAGAAAAUUACGUGUUUGUGAUGGGAGACAAUCGCAAUAACAGCUAUGAUUCCCAUGUGUGGGGUCCCCUGCCAUCCAAGAACAUCAUAGGGAGAUCAGUAUUUCGGUAUUGGCCACCAAAUAGAAUUGCUGGCACAAUUUCUAAGGAUAGCUGCAGUGUUGAAACCACGCAGGAGGGUGCAGAGACUGCUCUACCUUCUCAAUGACCACACUUGCCAUUCAUUGCUGUGGAUUAUGUAAUACCAAUUUUUGUAUUGUUAGUCUCAAUCUUCGAAAAGAAAUAGGACGUUAUUAAGUUGAAAAGACAUUUAUGUAAAUCCCCAUAAUUUAUGUAGGUGUAAAACAAUUUAUUUCAAACUUAACAACCAAGCUUUCUAUG